GGACACGUCAGUCGUCCAACCAAUAAUGAUAUCAAUAUUCUAUACUCAUAAAUUUGACAACCGGCUCCAACAUGAGACAUAAAACAUAUCUAUUUUAUUGCCUUGCAAUUUUAUGCUUCGUGAAUAAAAUUAAAGGAAAUUUGAUCGUAAAUACGAAUUCGGGAAAGGUAGAGGGUAAAGAAGUGCCGUCUAUAUUAAAAGAUGAGAAGUACUAUACGUUCGCAAGUAUUCCGUAUGCGAAGCCACCUGUCGGCAGCCUCAGAUUUAUGCCUCCGGAGCCACAUCCUGGUUGGGAAGAGGUGCUAGAAGCAAAAAAAGAAAAGAAACACUGUCCGCAAUGUAGUAACAGAAAAAAUAACGGUUUUAGUGGAGAUGAAGACUGCUUAAAUCUCAGCAUCCACACUCCCAGGCCUCCAGCGAGUGACCUCAACUUACCCGUUAUAGUGUUCCUGUACAGUGAACAAUUCCGAGGCGCCUAUAACGGCUCCAGAGAAUACGGCCCCGACUUUUUCAUGAAGGAAGAUGUCAUUUUAGUCAAUAUUCACCACAGACUUGGAGGUCUUGGUUUCCUGAGUUUUGAGGAUGAUUUACUACCCGGCAAUAAUGGCUUAAGAGACGUAAUUUUGGCAUUAACUUGGGUAAAGGAAAACAUUAAAUACUUCGGCGGCGAUCCUAGCCGAGUGACAUUGAUGGGCAGUCAAACUGGGGGCGUAUUAGCAGAAAUUUUACUGCAUUCUCCGAAAGCGAAAGGAUUAUUUAGUGCUGCUAUUAUCCAAAGUGGGACUCUAUGGAAUUCUAUGUAUUUCAACAACAAAGGCCGAGAAAAGGCCAUAGAAUAUUCCAAAGGGCUAAAGGAAGAGUCUGCUACAAGUUCCUAUUUGCUGAAAAGAUUGGCUACUAUCCCUGUCAAUAAACUUGUGGAGUCAGAACCCUACGCCGUCCACGCAGACGAAGCAAGAGCUAUCCAACGAGGAGUUCCUCCCUUCGGGCCGGUCAUCGAGCACGAUCACCCAGAUGCUAUAAUCACUGAGCUGCCAGAGGACAAGCCUGUUGAUAUAGGAGUAUCUGUCAUGAUAGGGUUUAACUCUCGAGAAGGCAUGGAGGUCUCAGAACGCUAUCUGCAAAAACCUCAAUACCUCACUUUUGCUGACAGAGAUUUCCUUAUGCUGUUUCCUAUUCGGGUCGGCUAUCAUUUUAAAUUGACCGAACAUAUUUAUAGCCGAGCCGUCCAAGAGAUCAAAGAUUAUUAUUUCGAUGAAGGCUACAUUAAAGUUAGUAAACCAGGGGAGUACGUCACUUACAUUGGAGAUAUUAUGACAUUCUACCCCACAGACUAUGCUGUGCGAAAGUACACCAAUACCUCAAGCAGUCCAGUUUUCUAUUAUAUGUUCGAUUACAGCGGCGAGUUGAAUUUAAGAAAGAAAGAGAUUCUUGACAAUGCGAUGAAUAUUGAUGGAGCAUGGGGUGCAACAACGGGAGACGAACUAUGUUACUUGUUUGUAUGCAAUCGCUUAAGAAAAACUUACAUUAAGGCCUUACAAGACGAAGAUUCCGAGGAAAUUAAAGUUUUGAAAAAUAUGGUUAAACUGUGGACGAAUUUUGCGAAAACUGGAAACCCCACCCCACCGGGCGACGAGUUCAACUGGCACCCCGCUUCACAACAGAAGAAGGAUUGUCUGGUGAUUAGCGACGAGCUGACGAUGGUCGAGCGACUCUACGACGACACCGUUCAUUUCUGGGACGAGUGGAUGGCCAAGUACAAAGCUCUGGCUGUCAACGGGGUUGUGCAAGAUGUUAAGGACGAAUUAUAGAAAUGAAGAAUUUAAAAACUUUUCCAUUAUAGACCUAUGUGUUA